AUGGGUAUCCCAGAGCGUCGCAACACGGUCGACCGGCUCGACCGACCCAGCGCCUACUACGUUGGAAAGAACAAAAAGCGCAGAUAUAAUACGGAGGAGCCCGAGGAACCAAAGGACCCCAUGGAAGGGCUUGGGGACGCCACGACUCUCUAUGUUGGCAACCUCUCCUUUUACACCACAGAGGAACAAAUUCACGAGCUUUUCUCGAAAUGCGGAGAGGUAAAACGUCUUGUAAUGGGGCUCGACCGAUACAACAAGACACCUUGCGGGUUUUGCUUUGUUGAGUACUAUACGCAUCAAGACGCGCUUGAUUGUUUGAAAUACGUUGGAGGUACUAAGCUCGAUGAGAGAAUCAUUCGAACGGAUCUCGAUCCCGGAUUCCAGGAGGGUCGGCAGUACGGACGAGGUAAAUCCGGUGGCCAGGUCCGUGAUGAAUACCGAGAAGAGUACGAUCCUGGUCGUGGUGGUUACGGACGCGCAUACGCCGAUGAUCAACGACAACGCGAGGAGGAAGAAUAUGGAGCCGGUAGGUGA